GUUGGUUGAUACUACUGUCGUUUAUACUGAGUUCGAGGGUCAGAGGGCGCGAAGUUCCAGAUGCUGCUAGGUGUUCAAUGAUCGUACUUGUCGGUUCAACAACAGCAAGGCUUCAGCUCAGAUUGCUCCCAAGAUCGAGGACUCCUCUGCUCUCCUUUCUGUUGUUUGGUGUUUUCCAGAGGUACAGCUCCACUAAAACCGGGAAACUGGCUUCUCACGGCUUUGCUUCCAUGGCAGCAAUGUCAUCCUUUCCCCCACAGAGGUAUCAUUACUUCCUAGUGCUGGAUUUUGAGGCCACGUGUGACAAGCCCCAGAUCCACCCUCAGGAGAUAAUUGAAUUCCCCAUCCUGAAGCUAAAUGGCAGGACAAUGGAGAUUGAAUCCACCUUCCACAUGUAUGUGCAGCCAGUGGUCCAUCCACAGCUCACACCUUUCUGCACUGAGCUGACUGGAAUUAUUCAAGCCAUGGUGGAUGGACAGCCUAGUCUUCAGCAAGUGCUUGAG